AUGCAAGCUGUAGGUAGGUAUGGGCAUAUUAUAAAGCAACAAUUUAAUAACAAUAACGAUGACUGCGUCGGCGGUGAUGAGGACGAUGAUGAUGAUGUUAUAAUUGCAACAAAAGCGGUCAUGCCCUCUGGGGCCGUCGGCUCGUUAGAAUAUAAUAUACACUCGGCGGCAACUUUCAAUCCGCUAAUUUCCCUUGCGAUUGCGGUGGCGGCCGUUUUUGCCACCUUCACCGCUGAUUGCCGAGCUGCUUGUGCCGAAAGGGUCGACUAUACGCCGACGCCCGGUUGA